AUGGCGAAAACAGUCAAGACAAUUAGGGCUAUGAAAAGGCAAACCGUUGAAGGGGGUAGCGUGCUCUACAACAUCCCUGGAGUGGAUCGCUCAGACAGUUUAAUCGACAUGAUUGCGAGAAUGAAGGAUGUCUCUCAGUCAAUCAAUCAAGAGGGUUCAACAGCCUCCAUUUGCGAGAAGGGUACAGCUAGUUUGAUGAGUCUCUCCGAUGUAAUGAAAGCGAACAAAUGCAACAGGUCGAUAAGGAGUGUCCUACUCACUCACAAACUCAUGAAUGAACUCCAAGGGGAGGCAAUGAAGGCAUUUGUUACUGCUAUGAAAUCUCAGCAAGAGCGCAGAAAACGCCUGGAUCAACAGACACGAGAGUUUGAGACGAGGCGUAGCAACUUUCGGCAAAUCAUCAUUGAAAACAUAAACAAAAUAAACAGGCAGCACGAGGUUUUUAAGGCGAUGCGCUCUGAAUACACGCAGUGUCGGGAGACGCUGCAUGAACUCAUCAUCGCCACUCGGAGCGUGCGAAACAGGCGAGUGAUGAGAGCGGUCGUUUUGCCACGCAGUACUGGGCUAGGUCAACCGAAACACUACGUCUCCAAAUCGCAUGAUCCUUUGCGCUCGCUGAUGCUGCGCUAUCAAUCACUCAUGGAGGCUCGUAAUCACUUACUGGAAGCAUGGGAGGAGAAGCAAGCCCAGUUUGAAAAGGAGCUUCUGCAAUCGACUGCUGCAUCAAGGAAUCAAAAGCAAGUGGUGAUAAAAAGGGUAGCCAACGUUCAUGAUGUGUUGGGUGAAGCUGACGGACUCUACGACCAGAUUCAGCAUUCCAACAAAACCGCUGAUGAAGAGAGGGCAAGCAUUGCUCUUCAGCUCAACGAAUUUAACAUGAUGAGCCGAAGCAUUCGCAACAUCACUGCCAAGUGUGUGGAUAUGCUGAAGGAUCUGGAGUACCAUCAACCCUUGCCUUCUCCUCCAGAGGCAUGUCUAACUCAGCCGUCUUGUUAA